AUGGCUUCCGGGCUCAAUGUUUCUUUGUUCGCCGACAACGAUCUCCAGUUCUCUCGACAGCUAGGCAUCGGCUAUCUGGAGUUCGUUCAUCUCUCCGACUGUGACACCGAAAUACCUUGGCUCACUAACUAUCUGCGUACAUUGCCGCAAAACUCACCUCUUCCAUUACCACCAGUACCUAUGUCAGUCCCUUCUCCGGAAAUUGCUGGUCUCGUGGCUGUUGUUGAAGUAUCCAAGAACAAUUUGCGAGUAACUGCUAAGCCAAGCCUCUUGAAGGCUGCCUUAGCUAGGAAGAAGGCUAUUUCUGCAGAAGGUAAAGCUAUUGCCGAUGGGAAUGAAUUCGCCAGCGACAUAUCAGAUAUUCAACCCGAUCGAGUUCUCCUUGCUUGGAUUCGCGGCUUUUCACCAUCUGGCGUGAUGGUUCAGCUUCCAGCUGGUCUGCGAGCCUUCGCUCCACUUAAUAUGAUUUCGGAUACUCGUCUGCCUUUGUCUGCCCUUAAGUCUGAUAUCAUGGAUGCUUCCGGGUCCAAGUCCAGCCUUGUCAGUCGCCUGCUUCCUUACGGCGCUACGGUUAGGCUUCGUCCUUUGGCAUCCAGUUUGAACUCUACUCAAGCCACAAAAACUAACAAUAACGUCAAGCGUACUCAAUUAUUCCGUAGUUUGGUGAGCCUUCGUUUCCUGGAUGUAUACACAUCGGCUGAUCAGUACUAUGUAAAUGAAGCGUUGCAGCAUGCUGAAGUGAUGAUUAAUAGUAUGCUUUGGAUGCGAGAUAAACACGGGCUUGUAAAUGUAGAUUACAUUUUUGGAUCUUUAGAAUAUUUUGAUAUUCCGAUUUACUCACACCGAGUCACACAUUUUGAUUGA